CACCAGCCACCUACAUCAGUGAUUGGAAAUCGGCACAAAAAGGUUUGCUGAGUGUUAAGGCCUACGGUCCGGUGAAGGAUGCGAUCCUUACCUUGAUCAGCAAGUUACGGGAUUACAACAUUUUGACGGAGGUUCUUUAUCCAGGCAUCGACUUCACGGGGAUGUUCAAGUUUGCUACUACAAGGUUGUACGGUUCUUGCACCCUGUUCAAACUGCUCUUGUCCAUCAAGGCCACUCCGGCCCAGGCUGAUCAAACACCUGCCAACGACGACUCAUCUGAAGAGGAGGACAAUGAAUCCCAGGAAGGAGCGGGUUCUCUGUCCGGACCAUUCACGAAGGUGACAAAGAAGAAGGUGAAGAAGAAGAAGAAGAAGUCGCUCAUUUCCGAUAAUUUAGAGAAUCAUUUUCUCAAAGAUCUAUCCCCGGCACAACGCAAGCUGGCUGAAGCCACCGACCGCAAACUGAAGAACGAUAUUGAUCGCCAUAAGGCAGGACCACUCUUCCUGAUGAUUCUUCCUGGAGAAAUGGAAGGCUCUUACAUCUUUGUAUGCCGCAAGAAGUACGGUCAGUUAGCUCAAAACGUGUUGAGAUGGAUAGUUCCGUUCUUGAUUCAUCACCUGUGCAAACUUACGGAUACGCAAGCUGAUCGAGUCUUGGGUAAAUGGAUUCCCAAAUCAGAGAUCCAGGCGACGCGUCGUAAGUGUUUGGUAUGGUGCACCAACACGCUACUCGCUAUUGAGGCCUCCGAUCAGUCGACCAAGGUGGAGGAGGCUCUGGAGUUUUUGGACAAUGUGAUCGAAGACACUACCGAUGUCUACCAAGGUCAACUCUCGAUCAAUAUGGAUAUGGCGAAUGCCAAGGAUAUUGACAAUGGACAAACGGUCACGGGGAUGCUUGAUGAAAUGCACAAACGUGAACAACAACUGGAGGAUGCCUUUGUGGAAAUCGAAGCUCGUGACAACGCCUUGGCGGCUAAAGACCAGGCCCUGGCUCAGCAGAAAGCCGCGACUGCGGCUCUUCAAGCCCAACUUGACGCCCUUCAACGUCAAACAGCUCACCACUUGGCCAUCAACUCGCAGCCACCUGCUCAAAACAAUGAGGUAUCUCCAGAUUGGUCCGAAUUCACUACGCCACCAAAAAAGAGGAAAAGCAAGGAUACGUCCACGACUAAGAGGAGCGUUGACAGGUCUAAGGCUGGUCUUAAGCCGCCCACUAAGUCAACUCGUACCAGCACGUCUGUUCACUUUCAGCAGCCGAAGCACCGCUCUUGGAACACGUCUCAGGUCCAGGUGGACACAACUCAGAUGGAGGGUGAUACUACUACAGCUGUGUCCCAGGACGAGAGCCUCUCAUCUCUGACAGCGGCCUCUCCGGGAGGUGUACACCCAUUCUUUCUCCCUUCUCCAUCUGGCAUAUCCGGUACUAGCGGAUCUGCUAAGUUGCCUUAUUUGGCCGGCCGCGGAGCGCCUCGCUCCGCGGCAGGGCCAUGA